AUGGAUAUAUUUGGCAUCACCCCCGAAGGCAUCAACGCCUUGGCCAGGGAGACGGUCCAUGAUAGGAUCAUUGGAUGCUUGUUCGGGUCAGCCUUGGGAGAUGCCGUCGGACUAUACACCGAGUUUCUAUCUGGAGACAUGUCCGCCACUGCGUACCCGUCACGGAAAUUCGUGCUCCAUCCCGAAUCUGAGGCUACCCUCUUCCGGAGCGACGCACAUCGGAAUCCUCAUCGCCCCGGGGAAUGGACCGAUGAUACGGACCAUGCGCUGUUGAUACUGUUGUCCUGUCUGCACAAGGACUGCACGGAGCUCGAUGCGCAGGAUUUUGCGUCACGGCUCUCGAUUUGGGUUCGAUUCGGGCUGCUUGCGCUGGACACGUUGCCCUUGGGCUUGGGACGAACCGUGGGCGCAAUUGUGCGGACAAGGACAUAUCUCGAUGACCCCGAGGGCACGGCCAGAGCCCAUUGGAAGAAUACCAAUUAUCAUGCUGCCCCCAACGGAAGCCUCAUGCGAACGCACCCCCUCGGCCUCCUUUGCUUGGACAAGCCACUUUACGACACAUUCGAGACGGCAGCUGCGUACUCGGCCGUCACACAUGUUGACCCGCGAUGCAUAAUCUCAUGUGCCAUUGGGACCGCCCUUAUCCGAGGUCUUCUUCGCCAACAAGUCCGCCAAGAAGACGACAUUGAUACCGCCAUUGCGGAGGGAUUGUCGUGGUGGACGGGCUACAGGGCUCGCCAGAUGCAAGACCCGGAUCGACGGGACGAACCAGACCUGGAUCUCGCCGAGUUCAGAAGACACACCAAGGUUGAGAACCUCGACGCGCUGCAACUCGACGAUGCACUCAAAAUGGGAUACGUCUACAAGACAUUCGGCUCUGGUGUUCACCUCCUCCGCAUGGCGAUGCGAAAAUCCGCCGACUCGGGGCAUUCGCUAUCGGCCCAGUCAGCCAUGUUCGAGCCCCUGAUGACGGAUCUCGUCAUGCGAGGCGGAGAUGCCGACACCAACGCGUGCUUCGCUGGCGCUCUUCUCGGCGCGUACGUGGGAUACAGGGCGCUGCCGCCGCAUUGGCGAGACGGCCUGCGCCAUGGGUCGUGGCUGAUGCAAAAGGCAGAAGGGCUUUGCCAACUGCUGGGCGUAGCAGAGGGAACCUAUAAAGGGUCGGAGGACAAGGAGACCAGCCCCGACGGAGGCCGUGGGUUCCCGACCGAGAAGCAGAUGGAUGGGAAAGUGAUGUUGUUGCAGGCGGACAUGGCCAGGAGGCAGCAAGAGCGAACAAGGAUGGAAGAGCAGGGACAAAAGAAAGGGAAAGGCAUUGGCUGGCUGAAAUGGAAGUGA